GUUGUCAACGUUGUCAAAUUCAUGUGUGGCGAAACUGUCAAAAAAGAAAUCGGUGAUUUUGCACCAAUAUUGCAUUCGACUAUCAUGAAUUUAAAUUAAAAAUAGAUUGAGCUAGGAUGUGUAACGUUCGAUGGAAGUUAUUGUUUGUUUUUACGCUUAUAUUAGGCGUGCAAGCAUGGGACGACGGUGAUUUAGAAGUCUUCGACGUGGUCGAAGAAGUUAAUCAGAAUUUUUACGAAUUGUUAGGUGUAAACCAGGAUGCUUCCCCAUCAGAGAUCAAAUCAGCAUUUAAGAAGCUGACACUGAAGCUCCAUCCUGAUAAGAAUGAUGCUCCGGAUGCUGAUGUACAGUUCAGAAACCUGGUCUCCGUGCACAACAUACUAAAAGAUCCGGGAAAAAGAGAAAAAUACAAUGAGGUGCUCAAAAAUGGUCUUCCAAACUGGAGAUCGGCUAUUUAUUACUACCGACAUGUUAGGAAGAUGGGUCUGGCUGAAGGCUCUCUUAUUAUAUUCAUUAUUGUUACAUUCGGCCAGUAUGCUGUUGGAUGGGCAGCAUAUGCUGAGAAAAGAUUUACUGCAGAGCAAAUUUUAAAUAGUAGAGGUAAAAAGCAUUCUAAGAAGUCAGGUUUUGACCAAGGCUUGUCAGAAAUCUUGGACCAACUUCCAAAGCCUAGUGUGAAAGAUACCUUACCCUUCCAAAUACCGAGGUUUACCUGGUGGCUCAUUACGGCAAUACCAAGAGGCAUUAUUGAACUUAGGAGAAGAUUAAAAGAACAAAAAGAAGAAGCUAUCAGACAAAAAAAGAGAGAGGAAGAAGAGCGAGCCCGUGCGGACCGCGAGGCAGCGGCUGCGGCGGAGGCCAAGGCGGCGGGCGCGGGGCUGCGCAAGCGCCGCGGGUUCGUGCCGCCCGCGCGGGAUAGAGACUGUCUGCUGGACGCACCCGACGCGCCCGAUAACGGACCUGUGCUCGUGCCUGUCAACCACACAGCGCCUCCCGUGAUAUCUGGCGGGCUAUGGACGGACGAGGACUUGGCGGAGCUGGUGCGCCUGGUCAAGAAGUACCCCGGCGGUGCCCCGGAGCGCUGGGAGAGGAUCGCGCAGGCCAUGUCCCGGUCUGUGCCCGAGGUCACGCAUAUGGCUGCCAAACUCAAGGAGAACUGCUACAAGAUACCUGGACAGGAGCCGGAACAGCCUGUGGUUGUGGAGCCGCCUAAGAAGGUAAAAACUCGCAAAGCAGAGGAGACGAGCAGCGGAAACUGGUCGCAGACGCAGCAGAAGGCGCUGGAGGCGGCGCUGGCCAAGCAUCCCAAGGGAGGGGCCGGCGACCGCUGGGCCAAGAUAGCGGCCGCCGUGCCCGGCAAGACCAAAGAAGAGUGUAUGCAAAGGUGUAAAUAUCUAUCAGAUAUGGUCAGAAAACAGAAACAGAAAGAGGAAGAAGAAGCUCAACAGAGGGAAGCCGAAGAUGACGUCACAGAUCAACAAGAAGAAGAAUCAUAGUAAUUACGGUCAACGGAACGCGACGAUUAGCUCUCGACUUUAUGUCGACGGCAUAAGGUUCAAUUUACACGUUAAAUAUAUACAAUGAUAUGGAAUCAGUUUGUUAUGUGAUGGUAUCAGAUUUUUUUGUUUUGGUGCCUCGGAAUAAAGUAUUGAAAUAUUUA